AUGGACAUCUUCACAAACACGACAUUCCCAAAAUGCCUCGCGGCGCUCAAUCUCAUCCUCGUCGCCUUGAUCGCAGGAGCAGCCUCAACGCUUUACAUCUCUUCCAUACCAAUCAUCAAGCUCGGCCGCUCACACUCGAGCAAGGUCAUGCUCAAGCAGUUCCGUCUGCUCGUCGUCCUCGGAGGCAGGUAUCUGCAGACUGGCUCGCGUAUCUGGGCAGCGUCCAUGGCAAUUCUGACAUGGCUGCUGUACGUCCAUCAAGAUGAAGUCCUAUCUGGCAGAGGGCGUUAUUCCGCUGCUGCCUUGUUCAUCGGAGCGCAGGCAGGCUGGUACGAGAUCGUCUACGUGUUUCCGACAAACGAUCGGUUGAUGGAGAUGGAGGUCGAGCUUCUCAAGUCUGAUGACGCUGAGGCCGACCAGAAGAUCCGGAAGGAGGUCUUGCUAUGA